GUGAUGUUUCAUAAGCGGUGAUGGUGUCACUGCUGACUUGACGAUAAGGUCACUGCUAUGGCUGGAGGUGUAGCGCUGGUUCAGGGAGCAAGCCGCGGUCUUGGGCUUCAGUUCUGCCGUUCUCUGCUCUUAUGCAAAUCCCAAAUUAAUGUAAUCGGCACAUGCAGAAACCCCGAGGCGGCCGCGCAGUUGCAGACCCUGAAGGAGCAGAAUAAGGGGGCUCUCACUAUCCUAAAACUGGAUGUGACCGAGGAGCUGGAUGUUCGCAGCGCGGCGGAUAGAGUGGAGCAGGACUUCGGCAGGCUAGAUCUGCUCAUUAAUACGGCUGCCAUGCUGCAUCCUAGUGGCAAAGGCGAGACUGGGCUGAGAGAAGUGUCUGCUAAGGGCCUUUCUUUGACACUUACCACAAACUCCAUUGGACCAUUGUUGGUGGCUAAAUAUUUUUCUCCUUUGCUGAUUAAAGGAACAGGUGCAUUUGGAGCACUGUCUUCUGACACUUCCAAACAUCACAGUGGCAUACUAGUUAAUAUGUCUGCUAAAGUUGGCUCCAUAAGUGACAAUGCCUUAGGUGGAUGGUACAGCUACAGAAUGUCGAAAGCUGCUCUGAAUAUGGCGACAAAGAACCUUUCUAUUGAACUGGCAAGAGGAAAGCAGAAAGUCGUUUGUGUUUCAUUACAUCCUGGCACUGUAGCGACUGACUUAUCAAAACCUUAUCAUAGAAACGUCCCCAAAGAGAAGCUGUUCUCUACGGAGCACUCUGUUCGUUGUCUUAUGCACAUCAUUGAAAAUUUAAGCUUAGAGAAGACUGGGAAGUUUUUUUCCUGGGAUGGAUCUGAACUACCCUGGUAGCUUGUCAUACGGAUCUGUGACUAUUUUUUAUUUUUAUUUUAAAGUUUGCUUUACACUGUAAUCUCUAGUUGUGUUGGAUCAGAAGUAUACUCAGGAUAUUUUGUUAGGCCACAUACCCAAGAAAAGUUAUUUUUGUUUACGUGUGUAUGUUUGUUAACAAUUGGUUAUUGUCGAUUUUAAGUAGACAUGACAAGAUUGCUUUCACAGUUCAAGAAUGCAGAGAGAAGAAAAGUGUACAGUACCAUUACAACUUUUAGUGCAAUAAAUGUAUAAAUUCUU